AUGAGUGCAGAAUUCCAGAUAGAUAUAGGGGUCAACUUUGGUAACAGUGGAAUUUUGGUGUUGGCAUCCCUAUUUUGGCCUCAGGGAGUAUACCACUCCCUACACCUCCCAGGGUCUUUGAAUGCUGACCAUCCUUGGUCAGAGGUCAUUGAGUCACAACAGAAGGGUGGUGGAGAUCUGGCAGGUGAUGUAAACAAAGAUGGCUUGUGUUCAGCCAUGUGCCUUGUAUUCUCGCUUCCUUUGCCAACUACCAUGCAAGUUUACUCCAUCAAUGAUGUGCAUCCCAUGUUCAGCAUGAGGGACCAGGAAACCAUGGCACUCACUGUAGCUCUAGGGCAUGUCUGGGACCUGAUUGAGGUGGUGCCACAGCCAGAGGAGAGUUUGGAGACCAUCUAUGCAUGGGUAGAGGACUGGGACAAGACAUGGGUUCACGAUGAAUGCAUGCAUGACUACACCAAGGAAUCUGCGAUGUGCCAAAACCUUCUAGUCCUGGGUGCCAUUGCCAUUGCUAACCUCCAGCACCCAGUGGAGCAGAGAUGGAUCCAUAUUGAUGACAUUUUCAAAGACUAUCAGGAGAGAGUAGAGUUGAGGGUACAGGCAGCAAUGGCAAUAGGUGAAGGUCAAGGCUGCAUGCCCAGCAACACUGGAGCAGGGGAGUCUUUGAGGGGGACUGGAGGACAAGGGAGGCAACAGAUGGAUAGUACAGGCAAGGGUAAGGGUAAGGAAAAGGCCACAGAUGAAGUUGACAAGCUGGAGAACAAUGAAGGCAACCACCCACCUAACCCAGACCCAUUGAAAACUGGUGCUCUGGCACCCAAAGCCAACCUUCCAUGCAGGGAGUGCACAAAGGCAAAUGCAGAGUGUGAAGGGCUACCUGUGGAGUCGUGCAAGUCACUCAAAGUGGGUAGGAAGUGCAAGAAUGCUGGUAGUGGAGAGACAGCUGCUGGGCCAUCACACAAAUGGACCAAACCAACCGGAUUAUUGGAUGAUCCACCCACACCUGACAUCAGUGUGCAGGACCUGUCCAAAGUUCGCCCAGUAGAAGAAACUCUGCUGGUUGCAAACCUGGGUGAUACAACUACAUGCAAGGCUCUUGCUGAGCACAUUCAACUUCCAGAGAACAGGGCAGAUGAUGAAGAGUUUGAGCUGACCCAGAUCCAUCAGAUGCUGGGGCUGUUGGCUAUGUGA